UGACUGCUAAUGACCAUGUACAGCGUUGUUCCAUUGACUGCUAAUGACCAUGUACAGCGUUUCUCCAUUGGCUGCUGCCUGACUUUAUGUUGCCUGUUCUCCAGGCUCCAGGACAAGGCAGCAGACACCAUCGAGUCUCUCCAGAAGGCUGGGAUGAAGGUGUGGGUGCUGACCGGAGACAAGAUGGAGACGGCGGCAGCUACUUGUUACGCUAGCAAGCUGUUUCGCCGCUCCACACAGAUACUGGAGCUGACCACCAAACGCACCGAGGAACAGAGUCUACAUGACGUUCUGUUUGACCUGAGUAAAACUGUACUCAGACAGCAUGGUAGCAUGACCAGAGACACCUUCUCAGGUCUGUCUGCUGACUGUGUGGACUACGGUCUGAUCAUCGACGGGGCCACCCUGUCUGCGGUGCUGAAGCCCAGUCAGGAGGACUCCAGUCAGGGGAACUACAAGGAGAUCUUCCUGGAGAUCUGUAGGAACUGCAGCGCUGUGCUCUGCUGCCGCAUGGCUCCCCUCCAGAAAGCACAGAUUGUGAAGCUGAUCAAAUCGUCUCCAGAACACCCCAUCACGCUAGCCAUUGGAGACGGGGCUAAUGAUGUUAGCAUGAUCCUGGAGGCUCACGUGGGCAUCGGCAUCAUGGGUAAAGAGGGUCGCCAGGCAGCGCGGAACAGUGACUACGCCAUCCCGAAGUUCAAACACCUGAAGAAGAUGCUGCUGGUUCACGGACACUACUACUACAUCCGCAUCUCAGAGCUUGUCCAGUACUUCUUCUACAAAAAUGUCGCCUUCAUCUUCCCUCAGUUCCUCUACCAGUUCUUCUGUGGCUUCUCCCAACAGCCGCUGUAUGACACAGCCUAUCUGACACUGUACAAUAUCAGCUUUACCUCUCUACCCAUCCUGCUCUUCAGCCUCAUCGAGCAGCACAUCAACAUGGACAUCCUCAAGAAAGACCCCUCCCUCUACAGGGACAUAGCUAAGAACUCUCUCCUGCGUUGGCCCAUUUUCAUCUACUGGACCUUCCUGGGGGUGUUCGACGCCGUCGUCUUCUUCUUUGGUUCUUACUUCCUGUUCAACAACAGCACCUUCACCAGCAACGGACAGCUAAUGACAACCAACACACAGAUGAUGUUUGGUAACUGGACGUUUGGGACUCUGGUCUUCACUGUGCUGGUGUUCACAGUCACCUUAAAGCUCGCCAUGGACACACACUACUGGACGUGGAUCAACCACUUUGUCAUCUGGGGCUCGCUGCUUUUCUUUGUCAUCUUCUCUCUGCUAUGGGGAGGCAUCAUUUGGCCCUUCCUGAACUACCAGAGGAUGUACUAUGUGUUUAUUCAGAUGUUGUCCAGCGGUCCGGCCUGGCUCAGCAUCAUCCUGCUCAUCGUCACCAGUUUGCUGCCUGACGUGGUCAAGAAGGUCGUCUGCAGGGCCCUGUGGCCCACCACCACAGAACGCAUCCAGCUGUAUGCUGCGUGUGGAUAUAUUCCAGGUCUUCUUCAAAAUGCAGACAAGCUGUAUAACGGCCAGCUAUCGGAGUUCACCCCGCUGGCAUCUCUCCACGCGCCCACGCGCAGGAGGGCCGACCACCAGAACCCCAUUCCCAGAAGGUCUGAACCCUUCACCAAAAAACUUAUGUUCACCCACUGGAGGAGCGGGCCCGACUACUGCACUUUCACCCCACUCCUCCGAUUCGCCGGCAACUCCCGUCACUCUGGGGCUGGCUAUGCCCACAAUGGGGCAGGGCCUGAGACCUCGGUGUAGUCUAUAGAGUGGAGUUUAGUCUGAUUUAGACUGGAAGUCUAGACCAAGAUUUCAGUGUUGAGUGGUCACUGGAACAAUCUGUCCUCUAGACAAUAGAUACCUAAUCUAGACGCGUACAGUUACCAAUGUCAUUGUGAAAAAGCAAACAAACACCAAAUACACACAGAAGGACGAUCCACAUGAUCCACAGUCCUACGGCUGUGUUGUGUUUAGCACAAGGAGCUGAGUGAACUGAACAGACUUGGCUCCAGGCAAGCAGUGCCUGUGGAUUGGUGGAAAGGGCCUUGGCUCCACCCAUUAAUGUCUACUAUGGGUACGACCCCUCAGACCCACCCUCCAGUGUGUGGGUGUUUGUGGGUGUGUGGGUGUGUGCCACUCCCCCGUAUCUGUCUGUCAAUAAAGCAGGGAUGCCCAGUAUUAAUGGAAGAUGUUCAGAGGUAUUGCAUGUGCUUUAACUGACCACACUUUCCUGUUUUUCUUUUGUCUUUUCCUCUCUCUUUCUGUCCUGCUUUCUAUAGAACAAACUGGUGUUGCCUCUGUGCAUAUGUCUUAUCCAGGAACACGCCAUAAGACACUAGUCUUUUCCAGUUCAGUUGUAAGUGGCUAGGCCGUGAUAGUGGUUUAUCUCUACUGGACUAGAGACAGUUCUGUGUGUGUAGUAUCCCGUGUCAUAGACUGUCCUUGUGUCUACUGUGGAGUGAUGUGAUUAUACCUCCAUUCCCCCUUGUAACCGUCCCAUUUCCUGACAUGGAAGCUGAGGCAUCCUGCCUCAUGUAGUGCUAAGGACCCACAGUGGGAAACCAGUAUGCAUGGGAAUCCUUUUCCGCCUUAACAUCUACACAGUGUUUCCUUUGAAAUACACAGUAGUCUGGAACCAAAGGCUCAGAAAAUACUCUUUCAAUGGCUUGCCUUGCUGGUUAUUGCCUUACACUGAGACUGGGUGGGACAGAGGAAGAGAAAUUCUGCCUUACACCACACCAGGAUUGGUGGACACUAUUAGAUAGGAGAGAUAACCUACUUUGUUUCUGGGCUUUAACGUUGUCCAUGUAGAUAUCUAACAUCUCUCACACUCAGAUCUGAAGCCUUUAAGAGCAGUGGAUCUCUGUUACAGAAAUACAACAUGUAGAAUGUAGACAUUAUUCUUCGCUGCUGUCCCUUGGCAUAAAUAAUAUAGAACAUACCCAUAGAAGUCUCACACGAUGCGUGAGAGCCUCAUGAAGGUGUUAUAAGAGUGUUAUAAUUCUCUCAACAGUCUGCCAGGGGUCUUAAGAUCUCAUCUGUCACUGUGUGCUCUCUCCCUCCCUCAGAUCUUCUCUGUUUAAUUUUUUCAUGUGUUUUUUUUACCUCUACCAUUUCUCCUCUUGUUCCUUUUGAAGUGAUGCUCGUGUGGAUCUGUCCUCUCGAGCCUCACUACAUCUCCUCCUCCUCACUGCCACCAACUCUCAUCCUCCACUCCUCCUCUCAUCCAUUCACUCCUUCAUCUGGUCAUGCAUCCCUCCAUCCGUCUCCGAGGAACACAGUCUGUGUGGUGGGUGUGAGGAGAGAGAGAACGAGAAAGGGAGAUGGAGGGGGGACUUCACCAAAACCAAGGUUUUUCUACACACAUUUAGCUGCUUGACAGUAGAUGUCUUGUGGUGCAUUGUGGGAUCAGUUCAAACCAAGAGGAACAAAAGUAUAUGGAUGUCCCAUAUAUAGAUAAGGAUGUGUGUGUGUGUGUGUGUGUGUGUGUGUGUGUGUGUGUGCGUGUGCGUGCGUGCGUGCGUGCGUGCGUGCGUCUGUUUCAUUGAAAGCAGCAAUGAUAUUUAAGAUGGCCGUCUGUUAUUAGGUGGUAUUAUGAAUCUUCACUGAAAUGUAAAGACACUGAACAUUACACCACAGUCAGAACUAUAACACUGAACAUUACACCACAGUCAGAACUAUAACACUGAACAUUACACCACAGUCAGAACUAUAAUACUGGACAUUAAACCACAGUCAGAACUAUAACACUGGACAUUACACCACAGUCAGAACUAUAACACUGAACAUUACACCACAGUCAGAACUAUAAUACUGGACAUUACACCACAGUCAGAACUAUAACACUGGACAUUACACCACAGUCAGAACUAUAACACUGGACAUUACACCACAGUCAGAACUAUAACACUGGACAUUACACCACAGUCAGAACUAUAAUACUGGACAUUACACCACAGUCAGAACUAUAACACUGGACAUUACACCACAGUCAGAACUAUAAUACUGGACAUUACACCACAGUCAGAACUAUAACACUGGACAUUACACCACAGUCAGAACUAUAACACUGGACAUUACACCACAGUCAGAACUAUAAUACUGGACAUUACACCACAGUCAGAACUAUAAUACUGGACAUUGCACCACAGUCAGAACUAUAAUACUGGACAUUACACCACAGUCAGAACUAUAAUACUGGACAUUACACCACAGUCAGAACUAUAACACUGACAUUACACCACAGUCAGAACUAUAACACUGGACAUUACACCACAGUCAGAACUAUAAUACUGGACAUUACACCACAGUCAGAACUAUAACACUGGACAUUACACCACAGUCAGAACUAUAACACUGGACAUUACACCACAGUCAGAACUAUAAUACUGGACAUUACACCACAGUCAGAACUAUAACACUGGACAUUACACCACAGUCAGAACUAUAAUACUGGACAUUACACCACAGUCAGAACUAUAAUACUGGACAUUACACCACAGUCAGAACUAUAACACUGGACAUUACACCACAGUCAGAACUAUAACACUGAACAUUACACCACAGUCAGAACUAUAACACUGGACAUUACACCACAGUCAGAACUAUAAUACUGGACAUUACACCACAGUCAGAACUAUAAUACUGGACAUUGCACCACAGUCAGAACUAUAACACUGGACAUUACACCACAGUCAGAACUAUAAUACUGGACAUUACACCACAGUCAGAACUAUAACACUGAACAUUACACCACAGUCAGAACUAUAACACUGGACAUUACACCACAGUCAGAACUAUAAUACUGGACAUUACACCACAGUCAGAACUAUAACACUGGACAUUACACCACAGUCAGAACUAUAACACUGAACAUUACACCACAGUCAGAACUAUAAUACUGGACAUUACACCACAGUCAGAACUAUAAUACUGGACAUUACACCACAGUCAGAACUAUAAUAGUGAACAUUACACCACAGUCAGAACUAUAAUACUGGACAUUACACCACAGUCAGAACUAUAAUACUGGACAUUACACCACAGUCAGAACUAUAACACUGGACAUUACACCACAGUCAGAACUAUAAUACUGGACAUUAAACCACAGUCAGAACUAUAAUACUGGACAUUACACCACAGUCAGAACUAUAACACUGGACAUUACACCACAGUCAGAACUAUAAUACUGGACAUUACACCACAGUCAGAACUAUAAUACUGGACAUUACACCACAGUCAGAACUAUAACACUGGACAUUACACCACAGUCAGAACUAUAACACUGGACAUUACACCACAGUCAGAACUAUAACACUGGACAUUACACCACAGUCAGAACUAUAACACUGGACAUUACACCACAGUCAGAACUAUAAUACUGGACAUUACACCACAGUCAGAACUAUAACACUGGACAUUACACCACAGUCAGAACUAUAACACUGAACAUUACACCACAGUCAGAACUAUAAUACUGGACAUUACACCACAGUCAGAACUAUAAUACUGGACAUUACACCACAGUCAGAACUAUAAUACUGGACAUUACACCACAGUCAGAACUAUAAUACUGGACAUUACACCACAGUCAGAACUAUAACACUGGACAUUACACCACAGUCAGAACUAUAAUACUGGACAUUACACCACAGUCAGAACUAUAAUACUGGACAUUACACCACAGUCAGAACUAUAACACUGGACAUUACACCACAGUCAGAACUAUAAUACUGGACAUU